AAGAUGGCGGCAUGCGAAUCGCAGAUCUAUCACGAGCGACAACGAUUGCAAUUUUGCCUCUUGCACGCCCUUAACAAUCUAUUUCAGGACAAGGACGCAUUCACGCGGGAAAGCUUGAACUCGAUCGCAGAGAAGCUCGUUGCCGAUGAUCCGAACAAAGAAACGUGGACGCCUCUCUCUUUCCUCCUCAAGCCUCACCACAAUACACUCACUGGGAACUACGACGUCAACGUGAUGAUCUCAGCUCUUGAAGGGAAAGGCAAGAGUGUUGAUUGGCAUGAUAAGCGUAAUGGAGCUUCUUCGAUUGAUCUCGAUGCAGAUACUCUAAUGGGUAUUGUGUUGAAUGUUCCGGUCAAGCGAUAUGGUGGACUCUGGAGAGGCAGACAUUGGGUUGUGAUGAGAAAAAUCAAUGGAGUCUGGUAUAACUUGGAUAGUGAUCUCGUUGCGCCACAGCCGUUUAAAGACGAAGAUGAAGUUAAAGGGUUCUUGGAUCAGAAUCUGAGCUCAGGUGCAGAGAUUUUGCUAUUUAUUGGAAUUGAUGAUCUUCAUAUAUCUCUGGGUUCUAUGAUUAGAUUGUUGUGUCUGUCUCAAGACUCAAGGAAGGUAUCUGCGAUAUAUAAAGGAACAAAACGGUUCAAUGCAAACACUAGACCAGUUACUCCUGGUAAGCAAUCCUCAGUCAAGGGACCGUACGGUAAGAAUCCAGGCUGCUCAACGAGCUGUGGCUUAAGGCUACCGAGGAAAACAGAAGUCACAGCAGCAAGACUGAUCAAGCAUCUCAGCUGUAAAUUCGUCAAAGGGUUACGUCUGGUGGUGAUGAGGAAGAAGAAGAAGAAGAGAUCUCCACCAUUGAAGGCUUCUUCGGUCAUCUCUGUCGCCAAUGAUAGCUGUAGAUCAGAGGCUAUAGAAGACUGCAUACAGUUCAUAAACUCAUCGACCUCUUUCACAAGAUCUAGUUCCGCGAGUGGCCGUACAUCUUAA